CUUACGUAAUUAGGAAUGAAACUCGUCAGAUUCUUGAUGAAGCUCUCAAACGAGACAGUGACCAUUGAGCUCAAGAAUGGCACUAUCAUUGUUGGAACAAUUACGGGAGUCGAUGUGGCGAUGAACACGCAUUUAAAGGCUGUCAAGAUGACUAUCAAAGGAAGAAACCCUGUUUCCCUAGAUUCGAUGAGUGUGCGUGGAAGCAAUAUUCGAUAUGUGAUUUUGCCUGAUAGCAUCAACUUGGAUGCCUACUUGGUUGACGAUUCUCCAAAGAAUAACCCUGCUCGUGUAAAGACUACCGGAAGAGGUCGUGGAAGAGGUCGUGGAAGAGGUCGAUAAUGAAUUUUAAAUCUGCUUUAAGUUGUUUUGUA